GCGGUGUGCCGCCCCGAGGUGCUGGCGGAGCGUCGCGCUGCGCGGCGGCUGCUGUCCGCUCGUAUUCGUGCAGUUGCAGGAAGGGGCUGCGUUUAGAGAUGCAGGGCCUUACGUUGUUCGGCUGCCGUGUUCUCACUCCUCGUGUCUCAAGGGUUCCUAAACGCUCUAGCUGGCUGCUUAAGGCGGACGAACCCGGGCCUCUUUACCGUGAGGACAGGCACCGAGAAAUGGUGCUGAGGUGAUUUGAGGGAGGGAGAGCGGUAUCAAGCAUGCUGUGUUUUCUCACUCUGCGCACCUCUGCAUAGCAGGGUACUUUGUUGUUUUAAGUCUGUGUUAUGACUGUUUGUGAUUUCAAAAGGAUGUGUGCUCAGCUGGAUUUCACAGGUCAUAGAAGAACAAAAACACACAGCAUGAUUUUAGCGGUUAGCUCUGAGAGCUUGGACAUUAAUGGCACGAAGUCCAACACGUAUUCUGUGUGAAACCCUGCUUACUGCCGUGUCUCUCUGGGUGGAGGGGAACCUGCCUUCCUGCUGACUGGUGUCCUGGUUUCAUCCUUUCUGGCAUACACGUAUUGUUUCCCCUGUUGCCGUGUGCAGCCUCCUUUGUCUCUUUUCUGUCCUUCAUGAACUGCGUAGAAAUUACAUACAGAAGGCUGAUGUUAACUGCUGUAAGGAUUGGGAAGGGUUUGGAGUGGUGACAAUAAGAGCUGCGGAUGCGGGCUGUGAAACCUCAGGUUUGCUUUCCAGUGUGGUAAUUGUGUUCUUUGUGGAAGCAAGGUGAUCAGAUAAGGUGCAUUUGUUUUGUUCACAUAAGCUGAACUGUGUUCCUGCUAUGUACUCUUGAUAAGGACUUAAGAUUUCAGUGGGGAGAGGCUUUUUUUCCCCCUCUUUAUUGAAAUCUACUGUAAAUGGUGCUACUCUCGCCGUACACGGGCUCUGUAGUCAGCAGCUUGAGCUUCAGAUAGCUGUGAGCUUUCUGAUCUUUGCUGUCUGUUUCUGCCUAAACCUGCAUGUCUUGCCAUCAUUGCCACAUCCUUCUCAGGGGCAGGAUUCUAGUCUGAAGUUCAGUAACUUAUGUUAAGGACUGAAGGACUAAGUGGAGACCUGCAUAUUGACAGAAUGGUUAACUUAAGCACAGAAUUGCAUCAUAGCUUUCAUAUCAUCUGUAAAGAAAUGCUGGGCUCAUCCUUGGCUGAGUUAAUGUUUUUAAUCCAUUAUUUGCUGUUGUCUAAGCUGAAAAUGAAAUGCUUGGGUCAUCUCAGCUUUUAUAUGUUCUGUGUUGCUAUCUUUCAGCUUCACUUAACCCCUUUUUCUUUAUUGCAGUGUUUUAUCAGUGAGUGCUGUGGGUUGCCUGCAAGUUGCUUUGUGCAGUACCUGUGGGGGUGGAACAGGGUGCAAGAUUUUAAUUCUGCUCUGCCUUCUGUUUUGUGCCUAGGUGACUGCCAGCUGCAAGCACCUUGUCGAAUCCAAAAGUGCACCACUGAUUUUGUUUCCUUAACUUCACAUCUAAACUCGGCUCUUGAUGGCUUUGACUUGGAGUUCUGCAAGGCCCUGCGAGCAUACUCUGCCUGCACCUAUCGCAACUCCAAAGUAUGCCGUGGAAACCUAGUCUACCAUUCUGCAGUGCUGGGGAUCAGCGACCUCAUGAGCCAGAGGAACUGUUCCAAGGAUGGCCCCACAUCCUCCACCAACCCCGAAGUGACCCAUGAUCCCUGCAAUUACAGUGGCCACACAGAGGCCAAUGAAUAUCAAGGAGGGGAGAAAACUAUCCCUACUUACCUAUUUUGUGGCUUGUUUGGUGAUCCUCAUCUGAGGACUUUCAAGGAUCACUUCCAGACGUGCAAAGUGGAAGGUGCUUGGCCUCUCAUAGACAAUAACUACUUAACAGUGCAAGUGACGAAUGUGCCUGUGGUCCCAGGAUCCAGUGCUACUGCUACAAAUAAGAUAACUAUUAUCUUUAAAUCAUACCAACAAUGUACAGAUCAGAAAGUAUAUCAGGCGGUGAGUGAUGACUUGCCUGCAGCUUUUGUUGAUGGUACAACAGGUGGAGGUGAUGGGAGCACCAAGAGCCUGCAGAUUGUGGAUAAAGUCAGCGGCAAAUACGUCGAAAUGCAUGCCAGAUACAUUGGGACAACGGUGUAUGUACGUCAGCUUGGGCACUACUUAACACUGGCCAUUCGCAUGCCUCAAGAGUUGGCCAUGGCCUACGAGGAGAGUCAAGAUCUGCAGCUGUGUGUGAACGGCUGCCCUUCAAGUGAGCGUAUUGAUGACAGCGGCCACUUGCCGCUGCCCGUGAGAGGACAGGUGCUCCCGCAGGCAGGCGCUGCUCGUCCCCGGUCAGCAUACACACUGGAAACUGCCACCACCAAAUGCCAUGAGAAGAUGCUGGUGAAGGACAUCUAUUUUUACUCGUGUGUGUUUGACCUACUUACCACUGGUGAUGCUAACUUCACAGCUGCCGCCCACAGUGCCUUGCAGGAUGUGGAGGCACUGCAUCCCAGAAAAGAGCGCUGGCAUAUCUUUCCCAGCAGCAGAGAUGGUGGUGUGGGCAAAGGUAGCAAAUCCUUUGUCAGUCUUGGACUUGCGUGCUUGAUCCUUGUUGCAUUUUUGUAGUUUUUUUUUUUCUUUUGUCUCUAACAAAGUUUUGAAAUAUAUAUUGUCAUAAUAUAUUGAGUAAAGAUGAGUAUAUAUGUAUAUACCAUGUAUAUGAAGGGAUGUUUUGUCUUGGGACAUCCGCAAGAUUGUACAUAUUGUGUUAACUGUUCUAUGUAUGUUGGAUGUCGUAUUCUUUGUAUCUAUUUGUUUUACAGUCGGUGAAAUGUUUUAUAAUGUCCUUGCAUUGGGACCUGAUAGAAAGCACUUUAUUUUUUAUAUAUUAAAUAUUUGUGUGUAGCUGAGUAACUAUAUAUUAUACAUAUACACACGUACCUACAGUACUCAGUACUCUGCUUAGGUACUGCUUAGUGUAACAAAUUUUUUUACUGUAUUAAUUAAUGGGGAUAUUUUCUACACUUACUGUAGAGACAGCACUUCUCUUGUUCUGUAAUUAUGUAUGUGAUUUCCUGGUAGCUUUUUAGAGCCAUUGGAGAGACAAUGCUGAAAGAUUCUAAUGGUCUUUGUGUAAGAGUGUAACCUUUCCUUUUCAAAGUUACUACCACAGCUGAUUCUGCCCUCAAAGGUUAACUCAUUCUGGGAGAUGGACUGGAGAAGUCACAUGCCUGAAUUCUGUCUCUUUCUUAGGUGUUAAUUACAUCAACAUAUUAGAAAGAAGGGAGAGGAGUGAGGGCCCCAGCUCUGACUGUGGUUACUGAGGAGCUAUGGGAACAAUGAUGCGGUGGCUUAAAGGCUGGUUUUAUGUGGUGCCUUAAUCUGCUCCAAGAAACGGAAGCCUUAAUACAUGCUGUGGUACUCCAACUCCAGGACAGGCUUCUUUCACUCCUGAAGCUGUUCAUCUGAAGCUAGUUAGAUCUGCUCUUUGAACAAGAUCAAUUAGUGUUUGCCUUUUUUAAAAAAACUGUUGUUUGCCUUGGUGGAGUGAGAUGUAGUUCAUUCACAGAAUGAGAACUUGUAAUUUUUAUGGAGAUUGUUCUGGCCAGUUUAGAGACUGUUGACUGUUAGGAACAGCAGUAACCUUCAGAGGAAACUAAUUAAUUCCUUAUUGGAUGUGUAACCACAGGCAAUAGAUGAACAUAGAACUAACUGAGGUAAGGCGGAAGGUAAAAAAAAUAAAAAUAAAAAAAAAAUUCUGAUCUAGAUUUGUUGGCAACUUGUUCUGUCAAACUUAGAUGAUGGUGCUGUUUGAAGUGAAUUAGAUCUAGGAAUUAAUGCUCUGUCUGAUUAUGUGGUUUUUCCCAGGUUCCUCCUGACGAUGACAGGGUUCUCCCUGUUUUGUGUAGCUAAACUUAUUUAUCACUGCUCUGAAUUUAAGGGUCGUGUGGCUGAAAAUCAGUGGACAAGCCUAGCAUUGCUGCGGUGAUGCACAAAAUAGAUGGGCAGACCUUGUAUACUGGUUAAAUCCUACUGACCCUGGAUCCUGCGUGUAUGUACAUAUACAACAGAUAUGUAUACAUGCAUUAAAUUGUGAUCCUUUCAGGUAAAUAGCAUUUCAGAAAUGUAGUACUUCCCCUGAAGAGUUUUCCGUUUUCUUGUUCCUGCUGUGGGAUUUCUUGAGAAAAUGUUAUUUGCACAUGUUCAUUCUUGAAGUCUGCCAUUGCCAAGAGAGCUUUAGCUGAUGCCAAAUGUGGAUAUUUUGAAGCUAGUGAAUGGUCUCUGGAGAAAACUUAAGCUUACAGGGAACAGUGGUUUUUUCACACACGCUCCAAAUGGCUGUCUUUUAGAAGGCUGCAGAUUUUAUUUUCAUGCUUGGAAACCCUAAAAUGUGUCAGUCUUUUCAAAAACUUUUAGAUGUGGUUCAUGAAUAUACCAGUAAGUAUAUGUUAGUGUAAAAGAGUGGCUGUGCAGUGUGUAAAUAUUUUAAAUUAUUAUGAUAGAAGAAUAAAGUUGCCUACCUUGCUGAGGACUGUCUGUAGUGUGGUGUUAGUGACCCCUGCUGGGGUGCAGGGAAACUGGGGAUAUGGGUUACCCACGGGGCAGUCAAUCUGUAAGUGAAGCCCUGAUUUGUUUCCUCACCAUUGCUAGUUAUGUAGGAGCAUGCUGAGUACCAUUGCUGUAUUAUCUUGAGAUGCUUGUUUCCCCUCUGCUAAAGCUGCGUAGUGAAGUCUGUGACUAGCAGCUGCAAACCAGGCCAGUAUAUUGAAGAUGCUGUGUGUGGGGAAACUAGCAGUAGGAACCAUCUCUUCAGGACCUCACUGACACACUUCGUUUUGUAGUGACUGGGAGAUGCUUAGAAGAGCUUUACCAAACAAAAACAAAAAAAAACAAAUAACCAUGACACCAGGGUACAGAGGCCCUGAUGCUGUGCCCAUCUUGAAGAGUAUAAUGAUGAAAAUCUUCCUUUAAACUUAUUGGGAAAUUCUUAGACCAGAAUAACCUUGGAAGAGGAAAUUGAGGCAUCAAAAGAGUAAAUGGUACAGAAGAACCCAUAACAAAACAUUUUGUAUCAAGAUCAUCUGAUAAGAAUACAUGACGGCUGUGAUAUUUUAGCUACAAGGCUAAUCACAAAGUAGAAAAGAAAACUGAAAACAAAGUGCAAAACAAGUUAUAUCAAACACCAAGAGUGAUAGGCAGUGAUUGCUAUUUUGCUAGACUUCUGCUAUUGCUAGAAGAAGAGAUGCGGGGAAAACAGUCUUAUGUAAUCGAUACACAUCACUGAAAUGCUUUGUGGAAACAAAUGUCUGCAGGAAGCAACAUGAGCUCUAAAUGUGCUUAUGUUAAGUGCCCAUGAAAGACAGCUGUCAUAUCCGUAAGAACUUAUUUUCAGUGUGAUGGUCCACCACUGCAAGCUCUGCAGAAAGUAAUACAGCUUGAUCAUCAGCAACGUAAUACAGCAACUAGUAACCUAUUACUAAAGUUUUGUCUUUAAAAUGUUAGCUGAUUACAUGUAUGUUAGUGGUUAAUUCAAAAGAUUGCUUUAAGUCUCUUCUAGAGUAUUCCUGACAAGAGUUUUAAUCUUCUAAUGUUUGCUAACAGAGCUCUUGGCAGCUGAGGAUAGUUCUCUGUAGUUGUGGAGGCUGGUAACUUCCCUUGGAAGCAUGUCAUGGAACUGAGCAGAGUAGUAAGUGCUUAAUCCUUCAUUUUGUAUGUAUGUAUGGCUUCUGAAGGAGGCUGUCCUCACAAAGGGAAAUUGUACAUUGAACUGACAGUCCAAACAGAAGUUCUCUUUUUUGUCUCAGAUUUCACUUCCUGUAAAACCUGGCUGGGAGAGCAGUCUGUGCAGAGCACCAGUUAAAUGGGAGUCAAUCUGGGGGAAUGCAGUGUGAGAGAACAAUCCAUCUUUCGUUCUUGUGGUCACGUUAGGGCCCUUCAGUAUCCAAGCACAUCACUUCAUUUCCUUUGAAACUGGUACUUUCCUGCCAGAGAACAGCUCUCCACCUACUUAAGUCUUAGUCUUAUCGAUACUGUGCAUUUGUUUUAUGGAUUUUGGGGAUGUGGGAAGCGGCUAUUUACUGAGAUAACACCCUGAGUGAAGCAAGUAAUGUUGCAAGUUUUACUCCAUCUAAUGAGUGUUUCUAUUAGGGGAUACAUUUUGGAAAAUAAACUAAAUAAACAGGUGGCUUUCCUCUCUUUCGUGAGAGCCAUUGCAGAGUUUCAAAUUUUGCAUUCAUCACAUGAGUACAGCUGAAAUUUUGCAAUGAAAUUUUCACGCUUUGGGAUAUUUUAAUUCCUGUAUGUGUCUAGAUUGGUACAAAGUGUUCUAUCUUUCCCUAUUCUGUCUGUUCCUUGUUCUACAACUAUUAAAGACCGCUAUCAAUACAAA